UUCAAAUAUCAAGACAUUAACGAAGUUCUCCGCUUUGUUUUCUCCGCCCAGCUGUAGGAAAAUUUCCCCUAAUUUCAAUGAACGACAAUGAUCGUGUCGAUUGAACCGCGCCAACGACGUUCAUUCGGGUUAAUAACGUACAAGUCUCUCUAUCUCUCCAUGUCCAUGUGAAUAAUUUAAUGAAAUAAUUCCGAGUUUAUCUUAACCAACCCAGUGUCUAUAACGUCUCAGUAUUGCCUCCACCAACGGCAUCAAUAAGAUUAGAAUUGCCCCCGUCUUCCCCGUUCACUGCAGAGUUUCAGUUUGAUCAGAGAUCUCCAUUGUUCGACAUCUCCUAGUAUAACACUUUAGUACACAUAAAUAUAUUAUUCCUCUUCGAUUCAUUUCUAUCAUUUUGAAUUUUAUUGAUGAAAAAUGUUGAAGAUCGGUUUUUGUGGCGGUGGAAUGAUGGCUCAGGCUCUCGCAAAGGCGUUCAUGCGAGCCGGAUUAACGAGAGGCGAACUUAUGGUGGCAAGUUGCCUCCCAAAUGAUUCCGGCAGCAUCAAAGCCUUCGAGGAAAUGGGAUCUCGAACUGUUUUUAAUAAUGAGGAGAUAACGGAGCAUAAUGGGGACAUAGUAAUCCUUGCAGUUAAGCCUCAAGCUGCUUCAUCGGUUCUUUCGGAUCUCAGAAAGGCCUCCUCGCCGAUAAAAUUAAUGCUGUCGAUCGCGAUGGGGAUCUCAAUUUCUACUAUAGAAAAGGCGUUGCCUUCGGAAACUCCAGUGAUCAGAGCGAUGCCGAAUACCCCAUCCGUCGUAGGAUUUGGAGCUACAGUAUUCGCACGUGGUAAAAAUGCCGAUCAGAAGGACGCCGACAUCGCAAGUCGACUUUUUAAAAGCGUUGGAAUAUGCGAGGAAGUCGGUGAGAACAUGAUCGAUCCAGUCACCGCACUCGCCAGCUCUGGACCCGCUUACGUAUUCGUCAUGAUCGAAGCCCUGGCCGAUGGCGCGGUUAAAAUGGGAAUGCCAAGGAAUUUGGCGUAUAAAUUGGCGACGCAAACCAUUCUAGGGGCGGGGGCAAUGGCCAAGGAAACUCAACGGCAUCCUGGGCAACUUAAAGAUGAAGUUGCAUCACCCGCAGGAUCAACAAUUGCGGCGCUUCAUUACCUAGAAAGAUACGGAUUCAGAUCCGCCCUUAUCGGAGCUGUGGAAGCUGCGACUUUACGAUGCCGCGAAGUUGGAAGAGAGAAAUAAUCUCGGAUGAUCACAUUAAGGGUUAAAACUAAAUGAGCGCAACUCUUCAGAAAAUGUGUAAAGUAAGAGUUCGCUGUGAAAGUAGAAAAAAAAUUAACAGAGUUCGAAAAUUCUGUUCUUCGGAUUUAUUUAAUUUUUUCAGUAUACUCUGCUGCAGCGUAAUUUCGAAACAUUCGAGCCUCUUACCUUGCCCAAAGGGCGUAGCUCGGGGAAAUAGACCAAAUUGUUUUCAAAUCUUGUUGUUUCGGCUUCAAAUACUUAAAAUUCUUCAUGUUUUCCAGGAUAUGCUCGUCUGAUUAAUAUCCCUUAGCAUAACGACUGUACCACCAAGCGAUUGUCCAUACUUGUUAACUAAUUUGAGAAUAAAUUAUACACUUGGUUCUCGUACAUGCCAUUUUCAAAUGCGCGCAACUCCUGUCAAAAGAGCAUUUAUUUAGAUAAUUUUAACAACGACAAUUCGAACGGAUCACAAAUUACUAAUUACGUCGGAGUGAAGUAAAAAUCAAAAAUAUAAAAACUUUCGAUAAAUAUAGAUUAAUUUAAACGAAUUUCGACCAAUUUUUAUGGAUGUUAUGACUAGUUUGGUUGGAACGCGUGGCGCAGGUGGUUGUGGGAUUUUUAUCCGCGUAUGCGAUGCGUGCGACACGUAGCGGAAUUUAACGACUCAAAGGGGUUUCAGUUUCCGGAGUCAAAUGGUGAAUGAGCUAAUCGUAAGUUCGGAGUUCGCUUUCUCUGUUCUGUUGAGACAUUUCGUUGAUCGGUACGAGUUCAGCUACUUCGACGCUUUCAACCCCUUAGGUGAGGUCUUCGCGGUAAUAGAAAACCGACAAAAUGGCACCGAAACA